AUGGACGUGCAAGACAGGAACGGGUUGACGCGGGUUACAUCGGAGACAAGUCUCGAACGCGAGGAGCAACAGUCAACAGCCUUUCCUCCCCCACCCACCACUCCCGACGACUACCACAUACUCUCUGGACCUGACAUGUCUAGUCGCGGUCGCGGGACUGCACGCAGCCGUAGCCAAAGCUCGUUGAACACAUCAAAUCGAGGGCGCGGAAGGGGCAGAGGCCGUGGAAGUCGCGGGACGGCCACCACUACCGGCACCACGCCGAGGAAGGCGACAGCGCGCAAGAAGGACAGCAAGAUUGCUAAAGAGGGUGUCUUUGAGGAUGAUGCCUUCCUCGCGACCGACGACGAGGACGACGAACCUCAGCGCAAGCGGCCGCGUACCGAGGCAGGGCCUUCUUUGACCUUUGACGAUGACGAUGGUGACGACUCUGACUUACUGACCAUGAUAUCUGAAGGCCGGGUUACUCGCUCGCAGGACGUAGGCUUGGGCAACAAGCAAGCUGCCGUUGAACCCACCGCACGCAAGGUCGCACGCACUAUGAGAGAGAAGGUGGAAAACGGGCUGCGGCGCCGCCAGCGGGCGGUGCCAGCGGGCGGUUUUGAAUCCCAAGCCGGGGAACCCGACCGUCCUUCAACCCCGACCCUCACACAGGCGCAGAAAAGAGCGCAAAAGAAGAUAGACUCCAUCAACUUUGCUCGGGGCACCGUAAAUGCUGGGUUGGCAGCUACGGACCCUCUCGGUGCGCCGGCUGCUCCUGCCCGCUCGUCAUCAACGAAGAGGUUUGCAACCGAGAAGUCCCGCGUACUCGCAAAAUCCUCUCGAGCCCUCGCUGAUGACUGGGAGGAGAGAGCGUCAACGUCAACGGCGAACACGCGUGUGCCUCGUGCCCGCGCAGAUGUUGGUUCUCAGGAAGAAGAUGAUGUCUUCUUGGCCGAGCGCGAUAUUCCCUCCGACGAGGACGAUGAUGAUUACGAAGACGGCGCUGAAGAAGAGGGUUCCUCGGAACAUGAUGAGGGUGACCGCGGCCAUCGGGUUGUACGCCGCCGUGCUGUUGGAGGGUUCGACGACGCGGAUGUCGUUGUGCCGAAGCGAGGUGUCCGUCGCGAGUUCAAGGCUCAUCAGCAGGUUGCGUUCGAAGUCGUGAAGUCGGAGGACGAGGACGAAGAGAAGGACGAUGGCAAUGCCGCCGCCGGGGCAAGGGCGAAGAGAAAGGUCGAAACGUCUCUCGCUGACUGGAAUGGCCGCCAACCCGUCCCGGUUAAACCCUCGACGAAGAGCGCCGGUGCGACCGAGGCUCUGGGCCCGAUGCUUACGUUCAUUGUCCACGAGAUUCGAUCGAAAAGCACGUACGUCGCGGCUCGCACCCAGUCAGACUCUAUCUACAGCAUAGGCAAGCAAGGUCUUGUCAACUAUCGCAAGGAUUUUCUCAAGUGCGGGAUUGCUGUCGUCGAUGACGCCGUCUAUGCGCACUCCGAAGACCCGACUAUCAUUGAGUCGUAUGUAGAAGAUGCUCUCUACGGUUCGAAGUUCGCUACGUACGGUAAACCCGAUGCGGUGCACCCGACAGAAUCAAUUAUGUCCCCAUUUGUACUGGAGGUCUUCGCCCGUGCACAUCUCGCACGCAUCAGAGGUUCUGUUCACGCCAAAACCUUCAACAAGGAGCCAGCCAUAGGUGCCAUCAAGCUCUCUGUAUUGGCUGUUCAAAAGGCCUUCGAGUUGUGGGCUAGUGGCAGUCGGGGCGAUGAAGACGAUGAGAUUUGA